AUGCUGAGGCAGUCCCCGGUGUUCUGCUCUUCUGUUCGCUGUGGUUGCUGUUGCUGCCAUUCCACGAAACAGGCCCGGUCUUCUCCCAGCGUCUAUUUUCGCGCCUGCAUCGCCGGUGUCUGCGCAGGGACCUCUUCUCCCCCUUCCGUCUCGCCACUCGCCCUCUGCUGUGUCUGCGCAACGCUGAGCUGGAGCAUUGUGCCCCCCUGCCUCGACCUACCUGAGCAGGAAAAGCACUGUGUGGCGGCGCCGGCCAGACGCUCAGCUAAGUCCAGGUCGCAGCCUCACCGUUCGUCUGGAGAGGGUUCGGGUUCAGCCCUACAGUGCAAGGAAACAGGCGCUAGCCCGAACGCUUCUGCCCUGCCAGCCUCGCCGUCCGGUCACGCUGGGCCCUGUGCAGCGCCCGACACACUCUGCAAUCGUCCGUGCGCCUUCCGCGUCGACUAUCCAGUAGCGAGAGCAUCGUCUCACGCCCUGCACGCAGCGCUCGCCACAGUUGCGGCGCGUCUGCUGCGAGGGCACGCUUCAGCUGCCCUUCAGUGGCGGCCCGUCGCGACAUCAUCGUCCGCUAGCAGUAGUGCACACGACCAUGUCGUCGACCCCAAGUAUCCGGCCCUGCCGUCGCCAUGGCCAUUCCAAACGCACGCGAAGACGUGCCCCCGCCCUUGCCUCCUCCACGUCACAUUGAAGACCUCAAGGCCGGCCAGUCUGAUCCCGGCUGGCAAUGGGGGUAACACAAACAAUCCCAAAGAAAACGGCUUUGGCGGAAACCGGCUCGCGACAGUUAGACCUGGCUCGAGCUUAUACGGUGGAUCUGGCAGCCGCCAGGUGCAUCAUCCGCGGGACCAGUCGGCCGACUCUCUUUUCAAUGGUCGCGAACCCUCCAUCUCUCGCUCUCUCGACGACAUGAGCUCUGAGGGCAGCAGGGAUCACAACAGUGACGAAGAUCGCAGCGGCAAGACUCGGCCAUCACUCGGCAACCACAGAUUCACAAGUGAACGGCAGCUUGGCCAGAAGGCACUAGAUCACUCGUCGCAGGCCUACGACAAACAGCUCCUCUCCAAGAUCGGCGGCCCUAACACCCCAACGAGAACCACCGCGCCACCGCUAUCGAGCAGCGCUCAAGAUUCACCCGCCGACACUCACGCCCACAAGUCGAAUGGGCAGCAGCUGAAGCCCCUCUCCGUCCCUGAUCGGCUACACCCCGACUCACCCGCUAUCAAGUGGCCGCAGUCUGGCACGAUAUCUCCUGGGUACACUGGCUUUCGUAGUCCCGUGUUCGACGGGCCGGAUGCAAACAGGGCGCGCUUCGGUAGCAUCUCCACGCCAGGCCCGUUAGACGAGAGCGCACCACUCCACCGUGGUAGCUACGACCACAGCAUAUUCUCCGAUCACGAGUUUGGUGGAAUGGAGGAGAAUGGCAUGCGCAAUCUAAACAUCGACGAUCGCAGUCCUGCAGGGUGUGAUGAGUAUCAUCUACACCAGAAGGGUGGCCUGAAACGGCGCGCCUCAUCACCCCCUCCAGAGGCUGUGCGUGACGAUCGCCCUACUGCGAGCGGCUUGCCUGACUUGUAUCAUCGGCGUUCGGCGCAGAUGCUUGUCAAUCGGAACAACCCCGCAUCGCGUUUCCAAAUGCAACAUGGGUCGCUCUCCUCGGUGUCGUCUUCAGGUCCGCGCACUGGCUCAGUCGGCUCUUCUCUGGGGUUUUCCACGGCGGCAAGCAGCAUGACAAGUUAUGGCGGAGAUCAACGCUUGUCACCCAGUGCGCUGUCGCCCUUGGGUCAGGCGGAGCUUGGUCCUGCCUCUCCGUAUGCAGCUAGCAGGUCGCUAAAUCCUAGCCCCCGCGGCUCUCUAUCAAGACCGCAGCACCAACGAGGCUACUCGGAGUCCGAACAUCCUUCUCAGAUCCGAAAACUCUCGUCAGAAAGUAGCAUUCACUCGCGACAAAAUUCGAUGGUGAACCGUAUUCCAGGCGCUUACAUUUGCGAAUGCUGUCCCAAGAAGCCUAAGAAGUUUGACAGCGAAGAUGAAUUGCGAUCACACGAGCUAGAAAAGCAGUACAUUUGUCAGUAUUGCCCGAAUCGGUUCAAGAACAAGAAUGAGGCCGAGCGCCAUCAAAAUUCUCUGCAUUUGCGGCGACACUCAUGGUCGUGUGCUGCGCUUUCUGGCGUUCAGUCCGCGUUCCACUCUAAUCCCACUCGUCCAGCUGCGGCUGAUCUGUGUGGAUACUGUGGCGAAGAGUUUCCCAACCCUCCGAAUUGGGACGCUCGAGCAGAGCAUCUGAACCACGCCCACAAAUUUGGCGAAUGCAACCAAGCCAAGAAGUUCUUCCGUGCAGAUCAUUUCCGACAACAUCUGAAGCACAGCCAUGCCGGUACAAGUGGAAAGUGGACCAACAUGCUGGAAAAUGCGUGCAUGAGGGACGAGCCAUUGCCACAAGAGCGAGUUGGUUCUGUGGGUUCUAUCUCCGGUCCCUCUGUCUCUCCUCUCUCGGCAAAACCUGGGGUCAUAAACGAAGCACACAACGAGUCGUGAUGCGUUGUGUGAAACUCGUGAGCGAAGGAUCACAUCAUUUCUGGUUAAGCAACGCGUGUUCAGCAUCAAUGCCUUAUCACAGUCGCAGCAAUUGUCUUUUUCUGGUCGGCGCUAAAGUCAAAUCAUCGCCAAAGGUCGAAUACUAUACACUCUCGCAUCUCGGCAAGCAUCUAGACGCGUAUUCUCUGGGGCGUUCUGGUGGUUGGCUGCAUUUGUCAACAUUUCUUACGACGUUCAUGAUGGCAUCGGGUCGCGCAAAAGUCAAGCUUUGGCUUGAGGCAUUCCAACGGCGUUCUCUUGGUCAACAAUUUUGAUUGGUAUCAGCAUGAGGGAUCAUUACAUGUGUGUAUACAGCGCCGCAGAUCUUCAACAUAUUCUCCGAUUAGCAUAAGACAUCAAUACAGAUAUCAUCAAGCAUGCAA